AUGUCCGUACCCGUACUCGAUGCCUGGACUGGUCCCGCACCACUUCUCGGUGUGAUUGGUGGGUCGGGUCUGUACCGUCUUGACAGCAUCGCGCCCGUUGCCGAGGUCAACAUCCGUACACCCUGGGGUGCACCCUCUUCGCCCAUCACCAUCGCCAAGACUGCUGCGGGUAAUCAUGUUGCCUUCCUCGCAAGACAUGGACGCGAUCAUGCUAUUCUGCCGAGCAACGUGCCGAACCUGGCCAACAUCGCAGCGUUGAAGCAUCUGGGUGUUCGUGCCAUUCUCGCCUUUUCGGCGGUGGGUAGUUUGCGCGAGGAGAUUGCGCCCAAGGACUUUGUCAUUCCGAGCCAGAUCAUCGACCGCACAAAGGGUGUGCGUCGUGCGAGCUUCUUCGGCUUUGGUGAGGAGGAGAAUGUGGUCGCACAUGCUGGAUUUGGCGAUCCGUUCUGCGAGAUCCUUCGUCCCCACGUCGCCCAGGUGGUCAAGCAGACCCUUGCAGAACACAACAAGGACGUUUCCAUUCACGAGGCCAAGACGGUUGUAUGCAUGGAAGGUCCCCAGUUCAGCACACGUGCAGAGAGUCUGAUGUACCGCGCUUGGGGAGGCGAUAUCAUCAACAUGUCCGUCCUCCCCGAGGCCAAGCUCGCCCGAGAGGCCGAAAUCAGCUACGUCCUCAUCGCCACCGCCACCGACUACGACGCUUGGCGCCCCGCCUCCGCUGCAGUCAAUGUCGCAGAGGUCAUGGAGAGCUUAAAGGCCAAUGUGGAGGCGAGCAACAAGGUCACCACCACCCUCCUCGACGCCAUCUACCCCCUCGUCGGCGACGACGGACAGGCCGUCAAGGCCAUCAAGGACUCGAUGAAGUGGAGCAUCAUGACAAAGUCCAGCGUCGUCACGCCAAAGGCAAAGGAGAACCUCCGAUUCCUCCACCCCUGGUUCGCUCAGGACUAG